CGUAUGUAUUGUUUACAUUCCACGUCCCACAGCCUUGUUGUCAUUCGCAUCGCGUGGUUCGCAGUGUACGCAUCGCUUCGUGCGUCGCGUCGUAUUAACUCUCGUAAUAGAAUCUCGACGAAUAUUACAAAAUGACAAACGCGAUCAUUUCCCAUAAUUAGAGAUUAUUACUUUGUAAGAUUAAUUUCCGCGAUUGACAAGAGGUACACGGAAGCAAUAAACUAUCCAUCACAAUAGAUUUCACGGGAUUUGUAAAUUUCAAGAUUUAUUCAACUGAAAUCUAUGAUAAUUAGAAUCGAGAAAUCAUAUUAUCGAAUAUAUUGAUAUCGACGAAUAUUUUUCUCUGAUUUUAAAUCGUAUAUUUUUUUACAUCUUUAUUAUAAUACAAGACAAUAAGACAAUUGUCAAUAAUUUUAAAACGAGAACGUAUUAAAAACAAUAAUAUUGCUGCAAAUGGCGCAUGAAUUUGUUGAGCGAAUCGUAUUUUCACGUCGUUUUUUUAUCAUAAUAUAAUAAAAAGAAUGCGCGUUAUGUGAUCAAUAGCGAGAGUGUCGUGCAAAAUACCGGGCGAUCAUAUUCUGAUUAGUACGCGCGUGAUUCUAAUUAACUGUGUUUUUGCGAGUGAAAAGUGUGAGUGCCAUGAAGAAAUAACAAGGGAUGAGAAGAGGGGAAGAGGAGAUCUUGGAUGAUAUUAAACGACGGCGGAGCAACCGUAAGCGACUGCAACGAGAUUGAGGCACUCGAGACACCUGGACAUGAGAUCGCAGUUUCUGGGCGAGGAAGAAUUACCGCUCGAUGAAAAUUACAACCACAAGCCGGUGUUCUCCAAUUGCUCGAAUUACGCGCCCGUAGUGAAGGAGGAGGAACCAGCAGGCACGGUGGUGAUCCAGGUGCACGCCGAGGAUAAAGAUUCGCCGGAGGAAGGAGGUACUAUUACGUAUAGCUUCGUGACCGCUCCCGAUGAGAGGCUAAAAUUCGAGAUCAACAAUAAGACAGGUGUCAUCAGGACGACUCAGAUGCUCGACAGGGAUGAGCCGGCCAGGGAAAAGGAAGUCUAUCUCACAGUUCUCGCGACUGACAAUGGAAGACCGCAACUGGAUGACGUGUGUACAUUUAAAGUCACAAUUGAGGACGUCAAUGACAAUUCGCCUGUCUUCGAUAAAGUGGCGUAUACGGAAUCCGUGCCGCAAGAUUUACCCGUUGGCCGCGAGGUCAUGAGAGUCUCCGCUACCGAUAUCGAUGACGGCAAUAAUUCUGUCGUACGAUAUAAUCUAUCGUCUAAGAGACCGGAUGAUGCUGCAUACUUUCGGAUCGACCACGAGAGCGGUGUCAUAUAUCUCAACCAAGUUAUAGACCGGAAUCCAAAUUAUAAAUUCACUAUGACAGCUACCGCCAAGGAUAUUGGCGAAAUCCCAAACUUCAAUGUCAUCGAUCUUGACAUACGGGUUGUGGAAUCGCAUAAGAAGGCGCCAGUUUUUUUAUCAGUGCCAGAAGGACCAAUUUUUCUUAAGGAGAAUUUUAGCGAUUUUGAUGCUCCCAUUAUCCGUAUAAGAGCAAAUUGCAGCACUGAUAACUCCAGUAAUUCGGACAAUUCAUGUCAAUACGAGAUUCCCAGCGGUAGCACGGAACAGACUAACAAAAAGAACACUUUUAGAUUAGAAUCCAAUAAGGACGAAGCGGUAAUCAAGCUCUCUAAUCAUCUUGAUUUCGAAAAUAUCCCGCAUUAUAUGAUAAUAUUACGAGCAGUAAAUAAACAUCAGUUAGCCAGCGAAAUAGUGAUCCCUAUCAAAAUUCUCGAUGUAAAUGACAAUAUUCCAGUUUUUCGUGAUAUUAAAAAAGGAAGCGUGUUAGAAAACGAACCUCCAGGAGUUUCUGUAAUGCAAGUGCGAGCUAUCGACGCUGAUGGCACUUCCGAUAAUAAUCAGGUCCGUUACGAGUUGGACAACUACAAGGAUCUCUUUGAAAUCGAUCCGAUAACUGGUAUUAUUACAACAUUGAAGACGUUUGACAGAGAGGUCGAAGACACGUACAACGUCAAAGUAAUAGCAACGGAUAAUUCUCCAAGCGCUCUGUUCAAAACCGGCGAGCCCAAUAAAGGGCAACAAGUGUUUCGAAUCGAAAUCGCUGAUAAGAAUGACAAUCCGCCUCGUUUCACUCAAAAAGUCUAUACUCAUAAUUCGAUUUACGAAAACGCAAACAUCAAUGCGCCGGUGACUGAGGUCAAGGCUGUCGAUUCUGAUUCAGCGAGCCCUGUCACGUACAGUAUCAUAUCGGGCAAUACUGACAAUAGCUUCUACAUCGAAGCUACAACGGGGAAAAUUCGUGUGAAUAAGCCGCUUGAUUAUGAAACAAUCACCAAGUACAAUUUGACUGUAAGAGCAUUCGAUGGUGUAUUUAACGAUACUGCACAGGUUGAAAUUUUUAUCGAAAACGUCAAUGAUAACCGACCAGUCUUUGAAAAAAUUAAUAAAAAUCCGACGAUAGAAGAAGAAAAAUUGACAGAUGGAUGCAUUAGCAAUAUAGAGGCUUACGAUCCCGAUAUCAAAGAUAGAAAUGCCGAUCAACAUAUCUUUUAUUCUGCCGUUAAAGAAGAUCAAAAAGAAUUUAUAGAAAUCGACAAAUCUGGCUGUAUGAUGUUGAAAAAGCCACUAGAUCGUGAUCCGCCAAAUGGUUAUUCAACGUGGAGCGUGAUCGUAAGAGCAAGUGACGAAGACGGGUCGUCUUCGGCUCUACAUGAGUUUCUGACGGUUAACAUCACUCUCAUUGAUAUAAAUGACAAUGCACCAUUUCUCGAUAUGCCUCCCGUCAUUUGGAGAGAAAAUCAGCCGGCCGGCAAGAUAACUGAGCUCAAGGCACGAGAUUACGAUUCUGACAAGAAUGGUCCGCCAUUCGAAUUCCGAUUUGAUGACAGUGCGGAUGAUGAAAUCAGAUCCAAGUUUGAAAUUCGUGGAAUUUCUUUAUACGCGCGUGUUGAGUUUGAUCGUGAAAAGGGGAAGAGCUACAAUAUACCGAUCGCGAUCACGGAUAGCGGUAUGCCACCUAUGACUGGUACUUCAACACUCAUUGUCAUCAUAGGCGAUGAAAAUGACAAUCCCAUGCAAGAAGGUUCGAGUUCUAUAUUUGUUUAUAAUUACAAAGGAGAAAUUCCCGACACUGAAAUUGGACGGGUUUACGUUAACGAUCCGGAUGAUUGGGACUUGAAAGAUAAAUCUUUCGACUGGGCUUCUCCUCACGACGGAUUCCAUCUAAAUACUAGUACUGGCAUAAUUACUUUGUUGUCGGGUACAUCGAAUGAUACCUUUGUAUUGAAAUUUAUUGUCACUGAGAAAGGACAUCUUAUUAAAUCGCAUCAAGUACACGCUUAUGUGAAUGUCACCGUUAAAGAGCUUCCGGAGGAAGCUGUGGUUAGAUCUGGUUCCAUACGGCUUUAUGGAAUAACUGCAGAGAAAUUUGUAGAGCCUGACGAAUCCGGAGUCAGUAAGAAGGAAAUAUUUCAAGAGAUGCUGGCUUCUAUGCUGAACACAUCGAUCGAGAAUGUCGAUGUGUUUACAGUGCUCAAUUCGCCUCAUCACAACAACAAAAGUUUGUUAGACAUUCGAUUUUCGGCACAUGGCAGUCCGUAUUACGCUCCCGAAAAACUGAACACGAUUAUAGCGCAACAUUCCAAGCAAAUUGAACGGGAAAUGAAAGCGGACAUUUUAUUGGUAAACAUCGACGAGUGCUUGUCCGAAAAAGUUCAUUGCAACAGUUCGUGCCGUAACUUUUUAAACAUUAGCACUAUUCCGUAUUCCGUAUACACUAAUAUUAGCUCGUUCGUCGGUGUAAGAGCGAUUGUAGAUCCGCUGUGCACUUGCACCGUAGCGGAACCUAUUGUCUGCUUAAACGGCGGUACUCCUCUCGCAGAACGAUGCGAAUGUCCACCUGGUCUGGAAGGACCGAGAUGCGAACUAUUGGGUAUCGGCUUUCACGGAGAUGGCUGGGCUAUAAUGCCGCCACCCGAUCAAGCCUGCGAUGAAUCACAUAUAGGAUUAGAAAUAACACCACAUAUGGACAAUGGCCUCGUCUUUUACUUUGGUCCCAUGUUCUAUAGUCCUAAACUUGGACUUCGAGAUUUUAUGGCGUUAGAACUUCAGCAAGGGUUCGCUGUGUUGUAUAUUGAUUACGGAACGGGAACUGUGAGAUUAGAUCACAAACAAAUCAAGUUAACGGACGGCAAAAAUCACAGAAUAGACAUUUACUAUACGAAAACUUCAAUGGAAAUGAGGGUUGAUAAUUGUGGCAUAUCUGCUUGCAUGAGUCUCACUGCACCACAAGGAAUCAAUGAAUUUUUAAAUGUUAAUAGUCCCAUGCAAGUAGGUGGUACAUUAACUAAUUUAGCACAUUUGGCAUCAAAUUUAGGAUGGGAUCAUAAACCAACUGACAAAGGAUUUGUUGGUUGCAUACGCAAUAUGACAUUCAAUGGAAAUACAUACAAUUUAGGUAUGCCAUCGCUGUCCAGAAAUGCAGAUCCCGGUUGCAAUCAUGGUAUGGCAAAGGCCAUCUCAUUUGGGAUCGACACGAACUUCAUAGUAGCUAUAUUAGUUUGUGUAUUGAUAUUGUUAAUACUACUCGUCGCAGUAGUAGUACAUAGAAGAAAGACAGACGAUUUGUAUAAAGAUAUGGAUGAUAUCAGGGAAAAUAUUAUUAAUUACGAAGACGAAGGAGGCGGUGAGGUUGAUACAGCAUUUGACUUGAAUGUGUUGAGAGCCAUUUAUGAAGCACCGCCUAUUGAUUCUAAGAUAGCUCCAAUCGGCCUACAGGGUAGAGGAAACGAUGAAGUUCCAGACAUUUGCGGUUUCCUAGAUGGAAAAAAAGAAAGCUGCGAUAAAGAUCCCGAUACAAAUCCGUUCGACGACGUAAGACAUUAUGCUUACGAGGGAGAGGGUAAUUCGGAAGGUGAUCUGUCAUCGCUAGCUUCCUGUACUGAUGAUGGAGAUCUUAAAUUCAAUUAUCUAUCUAAUUUUGGACCAAGAUUCAGAAAAUUGGCAGAUAUGUAUGGAGAAGAUCCAAGUGAUGAGGAAAGUGACGGAGUCGGUGAACGAGAGAGCGAAAGCUGGUGUUAAGUUCUCUUAACCAAAAACUUCGUAGAUAUACAAUUUUAACACAGAUUCGCUCCAGCACGUGUGGUCUACGUAACUACAAAAAAUACGAGUAUAAAUACCACAGGAUUUGUGUUAGAGAGAGAUCUGUGCAUUUCUACAAUUUCGGGACUCUAACAACGGGCAAAGAACAUGUGGGCUUAAAUUGUACUUAAAUAAACGCGUGGUCUCAUUCGCCGAUUGCUCCAGUUUGAAAAUUGCAAAAGAGACGAAGAGCGUUAUAAUACGCAAUCCUAUUGACGCGGUGUGUUUUACACAUGAGCGUGAUUUAUUUAGUAGACGGAAUAAACUUUACAGUUAUAUCGCGAGUGACUAUAUGGACACUAUAUAUGAAUCCCGUUUAUUCGGGAAAGUGAUGCGUAUCUCAUAUUGAUUCUUAAGAUGAAUUUUUAUAUUGUGUCGAUAAAAAACUUAGCGCGUUUAUGUUAUCAUUUUACACUAGAAGUGAUAUAUGUGUAAUAAGUGGGACAAGAAAGAGAAUAGUGCGUUCACUGUACGUUGCACGAAUAUGAACAUUAAAAGUUCUGGAUUAUCGUAUUCUCGUUGUAUUUCGACGAGUUGUUGAACAAUCUACAUUUUCAUGCAUUAGGCGAUCUUUUCCUUUUUCUAUGUAAUUACAUGAUUACGAAUAUAAUUAUGAUAUUGUAUUUUGAGAAAUUAUAAUAAGCGAUGCUCUAUACGUGGGUUAUAAAAGUAUAUAAAACAAAUUAUCUGCAGCUUAAUUGUUAUAUUAUGUAGACAGCUUAAUACUUUGUCGAUGAUUAAAAAUCAUUUAUUAAUAAUUAAUGAAUGUAUAAAAAAAUAAUUUGGGAAAACUUAUAAAAAUUUUCUUUAUGCUUUUAAAAUAAAAAUUAAAAAGUACUUGUAUGAGCAAUUAGUAUUGAUAUAAAUGUGUUUCUUUUUUUCUUUUUUUUUUCUUUUUUAUUAUGUAUUCUGACUUCUCCAAAAUUAUCUAAAGGCUUUUCUAUAUACUUUAAAAUAAACUAUUUUCUAUAAUUGCUUGAUAAUGAUAUAUAACUUCCUUUUUUCUUUUCCAAUAUACAUAUAUAAACUUAGUGGAGUAUUAAGCAUAUUUUUUAAUAUUCAUUUGUAUAUGAAUGAUAAAAAGAGAGCUAUUUUCUAUUUUGUUAACAUUUUCUUUUAACAUUGCGUAUUAUAAUAGCGAUAAAAUGCUAUAUGACUGACUUUAUAACUCGCCGUCUAGGAAAACCUGAGUAACAUUAUAAAGCUACAAAAUUGACUGCCAGAUUCAAGAGACAACCACUCUGUAUGUGCAACAUACAUUAGCUUUUAAUAUUAUGUGCAUUCCAGCAACGAAGAAAAUAGUUUAAUAAUGUCAGUUUAUAAAAUAUCAAUAAUAUACAUUAUAGUUUUAUAAUUAAUGGUCUAUAGUAAGAUAAUAAAUUUUGUUGAUUACUGAUCUGUGUUCUUGAGUUUGGCAAUCUUCAAGUUACAAAGGAAGUUUCCAGAUUAUUUUUUAUACGUACCCCUUAUAUAAAUAAGUAAAUAUAUAUAUAUAUAUAUAUAUAUAUAUAUAUAUAUAUAUAUAUAUACAGAUGUGAAAGAAAAAUGAUACAUAAUGUUAGCGAUCAAUGAGAAAAUUUUAAAAGAAAAUGCUGGGGACACUCUUAUGAAAAUAAAAAAGAGCAGCGUGUGAAUAAAAGAAUGAAAGAGGCGAGAUAGAUAAAGUGUCACUUUUCUAUAUUUAAUUGAUAUAGUAUUUUAAUAAUUAUAUGUAUGUGAGUGUGAGAGUAAGAACAAAAAAUGUACACGAUAUGAAAUAUCAUGAAUGUAUGUGUAUCAAUUAUAUCAGAUGAACAUCUGUAUGUGUGUACAACGUUACAUGCGUAUUGUUACAUCCAAUAUAUGUUGCAAAAAACGCAAAAUAUAUAUACACCUAUACCUUUUUUAUACGUAUAUUUCUCGCGAAAAUCGAAAAACUUAUUCUUACCGCAAGUUUGCUUGUAAUAUUGUUCCAUCAGUAGAAUUAAUAAGCAAGUAAAUAUUUGAGUAUUCCACACACAGUGACUGAGUGUAGAACAAUGAAGAAUCGCGUCAAGAUCGAGUGCCAUAGAGCGCUUUGAAUAUUGAUCUUUCUCUUAAUUUCGCGGGAUAAUUUCUAUCAGUAAAAUCAAUUCAUAUUGCGAUGCGCAAAUAAUUUCGAGAUGACAAUAGUUUCAUCACGAAAAUAAUUAUUCGUGUCUUUCGUAGACCUAAUCACUAUUUCAUAUUACUAAUUCAUCAUCAUUUUUGCUAAUAUAUUUUUAUGCGAUUGAUAAGCAUUUAUAUAUACCGUUUACGAAUGCUUUUAUUUUUAAGCUUUUUGUACAUGAUAAAAUUACGAUAACGUAUUGUCUGCGCGUUACGUUGAGAGAUAUUAGAACAAAUGUUUUUUAAUUAUUUAGUGCUUUAUAAAAGAUUCAGUCUGUUCUAUAUUUUAUUAACAAAGAAAUAAAUGCAGAAAAAAACUUUUAUAUUUUGAAAUUUAUUAUAAUAAUAAAAAACGAGAAUAUUUGAUAUCCUCCAAUUAAAAAAAAAAUUUUUUUUAAUUAUAAAAUCUAUUAAUAAUAUUGUAUAUUUGACAAAGAUUUUCAAUGUUCAUUCUGCAAAACUGCAUAUAAUUAAGAAACAUUCAGUGAUAUGUUUUUACUACAUAAAAUUGAUUCUUGCAUAUUUUAUGUGAGCAUAUUUUAUAAAAGUUUGUUAUAACUUAAGAAAUACCAAACAUCAGUAACAUAUUUGCUUUUAGUUAAUCGCUCAUUAAAAAAAGAUCUCAACGUACUGCGCAUUUUUAAUACAUAUCGUGGAAUUCAACGCGUAUGACGUGCGCACGCCCGUGCACGUGUGAUGAUAAGAAACAUGACUUAAACGGAUGCAUGUGAUCUCAAGAGUUGAGGAGCAGAUGUUAGAUAUUUUUUUUUAUAAAUAUCUAUGAAACUACUUAAGCUUGUCGCUUGAACAACGAUUAAGACAAAAAAGAUAUAAUAUAUCAGAUCCGUAAUUUAGUCAUUUGCGGAGAGAGGACAAGAUUAUUAUUUGUAUUAAAAUAUCUUUUGUGCGUUAUCUUGCAAAAAUUCACUUUUUUUUAUUAAGGCAAUAUUCGAAAUGUUACAUUGACAAGAUGUUAUUUCAAUAUAAAAGGUUUGUAUGAUAAAAUUAAUUAUAAAGAAAUUAAUGUGUGUAUAAAAUGUAAUAGGCUAAGCUAUCAUACAACAAAUUAAGAUAAAUAUUGCUCGAUUUUUCUCUAUUAUUUUAUUAGUGAAAUUAGCAUAUUACAUAUAAAUAGAGAAGCAUGAACAUUUAUAAUUUUUUCUGCUAAAAAAAGCUUUUUUUAUUUAUAUUUACCUUAAGAAAAUCCUCUCAGAAAACUUUGCCCAUGCAUUAACCAAAUUUAUAAUUGUCACUUCAAAAAUAACUUUGUAAAAAAAUGUUAAAUAAUCGUUACUCUUUUCAGCAAUUUCACAUGCCUAUAUAUCGUCGUUUCUAUUAUUUGUACAGAAAACACAAACAAUAGAUAGUAAAAUAUCAAGAGUUUAUAAAUGCUGUUGAUAAAUGUUUACUUAACACUGCCUUUAAGUGAUAGGAGAUCAUGAAUUCUUUGACGUGCGAUUUUAAUAAUGAUAAAUCUUAAUCAGGUACUAUUCUGCACUUUAAUAAAAACUUACUGUAAAAAGACGUAAAUAACUAUAGAGAUAUGAGUAAAUAUAUAUAUAUAUAUAUAUAUAUAUAUAUAUAUAUAUAUAUAUAUAUAUACACAUGCAUAAAUAUAAUGCGCGCGUGUAUACACAGGCUUGUACAUUAUCUAGAAAAAUAAGAACUAUUACGAAGAAAUCAUUUGUGAUAAUUGACGGCAACGCAUAUGAGCGCACCAUUAUCCUUUAUCUUCGAUCCACCCUUAGCUCGAGAACGUUAUAUGUAAUUUCUUUUUUGUAGCAAUAAAGUGAGAUUCGAAUAUA